AUGAAUACUGUGAAAACACUGCUGAAUAAGCCUACUACGCCUGUUCGCACUCUUGCUGAGCUCAAUGCACGGGCUGUACAUAACACAAAAACAAGAACCUUGACGCACUCCCAAGGUCGCAUUGUCGUACUGGGUUCUGGCUGGGCAGGAUUCAAGUUUAUGAAAGAUCUUAGUCGAAAGGAUUAUGAAGUGACAGUAGUGUCGCCUCGUAAUUAUUUCGUAUUUACGCCAUUACUAGCAAGUACCUCUGUUGGCACUCUUGAAUUCAGAUGCGCCACGGAACCAGUGCGUGGAUAUUCUCACAACAUCGACUACCACCAAGCGUGGUGUGAUAAAAUAGAUAUCGAGAACCAAGUAGUGCAUUGCACAUCCAAUCUAGACGAUAACAAAGGGAGCCCUUUCACCUUGGACUACGAUAAGCUCAUUAUUAGUGUUGGUUCUUAUUCGAAUACAUUUGGAAUUCCUGGCGUCAAGGAGCAUGGACUCUUUUUGAAAGAUAUACAAGACGCCAGAAAAAUUCGUGCUCGCUUUGAGUAUGCUGCCCAACCAGGUCUGAGUGACAAAGAAAAAUCUGAGAAGCUUCAUUUUGCUGUGGUGGGCGGAGGUCCUACUGGCGUCGAAUUCUCUUCGGAAUUGCAUGAUUUUAUUUCCGAAGACCUCUCUCGGCUAUAUCCACAAUUAAUGGCUCAUACACGGAUGACCUUGUACGAUGUAGCGCCUCAAAUUCUUGGAACAUUUGACCAAAACCUGUCUGCAUAUGCGACCCGAAAAUUCGCUCGUAGAGGCAUCCAAAUUAAGACUGGCCGACAAGUAUUAGAAGUAAUGAAAGACCGUCUCAUUGUCAAAGACGAUGGUGAAGUGCCUUUUGGUAUGCUGGUGUGGUCUACGGGCUUGAUGCAGAAUCCUCUUGUGGAAUCAUGCCAGAAUGCGCUGAAGGAUGCGCAUAGCCAUCGAUUGAUGACGGAUAGCUAUCUACGAGUGUUGGCAAAGGACGGUCAAGGCGUGCUACCAAAUAUCUACGCCAUGGGGGAUUGUGCUACUAUCAAGGACCAUGACUUGCCUGCAACUGCACAAGUGGCACAACAGAAAGCCCAGUACCUUGGCGAUGUUUUCAACAAGGCUGCUAAAAAUGGACUAGACACUGAAGUACCAGAGUUUAGUUUUCACAACAGAGGUUCGAUGGCUUAUAUUGGGUCUUGGGAAGCUGUGGUAGACAUGACCCCUGUCCAUAAAAAAGCAUCAGAGGGAGGACAUUUGGCUUGGUUUUUCUGGAGAUCUGCUUAUUUGAGCAUGUCCGUCAGUUUCCGUAACAAGAUGUUGAUCCCAAUGUUUUGGUUUCUCACAUGGAUGUCAGGUAGAGACAUUACCAAAUUUUAA